AUGCCUGAUGACGAUACAGCCACAAAAACUACCAGUUCGGAAAAGGGUGCAACAGGCGAACCUGUGGAUGGAGCUGCUUUAAAGGCCCAGCAGAAGAAACUCAAGGGUCUAGAAGCUCUUAAAACUCGACGAUUUGUGGCCAUGGACCAGAUUGAAAGAGUGAGGUUAUUUUCUGUUCAAGCCAAAGAUAACCCUGCUUCAACGUUUGUGCCCGAUCUACAAGUUCGUAUUGAAGCUCUAGAGUCUGCCUUUAGCAAUUUUAAGGUGGCACAAUUGAAAAUUGAAGAAGCUGAUUACGAGGAAAUCAACAAUCCUGAUCGCUCUCAUAACGAAGAAGUCUACUACUCCACCAUCGCCACACUUAAAGUUCUUUUGAACGUUAAACAUGUGAACAAGGAUGAAACAAUGGACGUAUCCCAAUCAACUUCUAAUAAUCACGAUUCAAUCAAAUUGCCAGUAAUUGAACUUCCUUCAUUUUCAGGUGACGUGACUAAGUGGACGGUUUGGUACAAUCGCUUCGUAUCACUGGUGCAUAACAAUCAUAAACUGUCUAAGCAAGCUAAGUUUCAUUACCUGCUUUCGAAGCUUAGCGAAACCGCGAUUGCCCCAGUUGAAGGGCUCAAAAUAGAAGACGACAACUACGAUGUGGCACUAGCAAGGCUGAAGGAACGUUUCGAAAACAAGAAAAUUAUUGCCCAGGAGCACCUCCAACGCAUAUUCAAUCAUCCCAAGAUUUAUAAGGCAUCCGCAGUAGAUUUAAGGAACCUUGUGGAUAAAAUCAGCAACCAUUUAACUGGAUUGAGUAAUCUGAAAAGACCCGUUGAACAUUGGGACGAUGUUGUUGUUUUUAUAAUGACUUCCAAGUUGGAUCCUGCUACUCUGAGUAAGUGGAAUGAUGACGCACCAACAGAUCGACUACCAAGUCUAAAGGAACUUACCGAUUUUCUUAAAAAGAGAGCUCAGCAUCUUGAAGGUAAUAUUACAAAUCAUUUAUUUACUCCUGAUUGUUCAACAAAAUCUGAUAACCACAAAGGUCAGAAAUCUAAUUCAAAAAACAAUGUAAAAACCUUUAUUACCACAAAAAACACUUGCAUUUUCUGCUCAGUUCCCGGCCACUUUAUUUAUCGAUGUUACAAAUUUCAAGGUCUUUCUAUUCCCGAACGUAUACACAAAAUUAAAAAUCUAAAUCUAUGUUACAACUGCUUGAAAUCUACAGAUCACAGUAGCGCUAAUUGUCCAUCUAGUGGUUGUCGUCAUUGUGGAAAGAAACACCACACACUCUUGCAUCUUAUUGAAAAUGCUCCAACUUUUGUACCACAAGCCCCACUUAGUUCAAGUAGUCACCCAACGUCUUCUCAGAACCUCAAUACUUCACACGAAAUACCUGCUUCAACUUCUCAUUCAAUGUACGCCAGCUCUUCUGAAAAUAGUCUUUUGGGAACAGCAGUCAUAAAUAUAUUAAACAAAUGUCAACAGGUCAUACCUUGCCGUGUACUUUUGGACUCAGGGUCUCAAACACAUUUAAUUUCUGAAAGGCUUAUGCAGUGUCUUGGAACGCAACGUCUGCAAUCAAAUACCACCUUAUCUUGCGCCAAUAACAUUGUAACAAUGGCUAAACACAAAGCAAUUCUUAACAUCAGUUCUCGUAUCAAUGGACUUACAGCUACAAUAGAGGCGCUUGUGAUACCACAAAUAACAGGACUGCUACCUGAUAAAAAAAUUGACAUCAAAGAAUGGAACAUUCCAAAUAAUAUUAAUUUAUCUGAUCCACAAUUUAAUGUUCCUCAGCGUGUAGAUCUGCUUCUUGGCGUGGAUUUAUUUUACAAAAUACUAUGCGUAGGACAGAUUAAAUUAGGACCGAACUUACCUGCGUUGCAAAACACGUUAUUUGGGUGGGUAGUAGCCGGUCAACUUCCAAAAUCCAAUAAUCAGAGCACUUCCAACAGACUUAGUUUCGCUAUUAGAGACAAUCCGCAAGAAUCCGAAACCGAUGAAACAAUAAGCAAAUCGUUACAAAUACUUUGGGAAAUUGAAAGCUUCAACUGUCAAACAGAUGUUCUGUCAACAGAAGAAAGGGAAUGCGAAAAUCAUUUUGUGAGCAACUAUUCGCGCUUAGAGUCUGGUCGUUUCAGUGUGAGACUUCCCUUCAAGCAGAAUCCAAACUUAUUAGGGAAUUCUUAUGAUAUAGCCAAAAGGAGGCUUCUGUCCCUCGAAAGAAGAUUCCGUAAAAACCCAGACCUGUUUCAACAAUACUCUGCCUUUAUGAACGAAAUGCUGCUGAACUCUCACAUGGAAUUGGUAAACAAUGUAGACCUCACCUCCCCACAUUAUUUUCUCCCCCAUCACUGCGUCAUAAAGCCAUCAAGCUCAUCUACAAAAUUACGAGUGGUGUGCGAUGCUACUGCCAAAACGAGUUCUGGGAAAUCAUUAAAUGAUAUUCUAAUGGUAGGUCCUGUUAUUCAGCCAGAUUUAUUCUCCAUCGCUCUGAGAUUUCGGAGACACAAAUUUGUUAUGACAGCUGAUAUAACAAAAAUGUAUCACCAAGUGCGAUUAGAUGAGUCUGAUAGACGAUUUCAUUACAUUUUAUGGAGAAAUUGUGAGAGCGAGAUUGCCAUUUAUCGUUUGUGCACAGUCACUUUUGGCACUGCUUGUGCUUCAUUUUUAUCAACUCGUGCAUUAAAACAACUGUCUGUCGAUGAAGGGGAACAAUUUCCUGCAGCGGCUAAAGCUAUAAGCUCUGAGUUUUAUGUCGACGAUUUGAUCACUGGUUGUGAUUCUCUCAAUGAAUUAAAGGCUUUAAAGUCAGAAUUAAUAUCGUUGCUGGGCAAAGGUGGCUUCAUACUUAAAAAAUGGUGUGCAAACUCUGUUGAAAUCUUAGAAGGAAUUCCAGAAACUGAUCGUGAGCAAUGUUUCAAGAUAAAAGGUAAAGAGGUAAUCAAAACAUUAGGUACCUAUUGGAACCCAGUCGAAGACAAUUUUCACUAUGAGAUAACUCCCCUGCUUUCAGAGUGCAUAACAAAAAGAACAGUUCUUUCCGAUAUUGCACAUCUAUUUGACCCUUUGGGUCUUAUAAACCCUGUCAUCGUUCUUGCUAAGAUGUUUAUGCAACAGCUGUGGCGUCUGAAGCUUGCGUGGGAUGAAGCACUGCCCCAAGAAUGUCAUCACUCAUGGUUAAAGUUUCGAAAAGGUCUACAUGAGCUCAACAAUCUGCAUAUUCAUCGCCGUGUAUUUUUUGGUCAUACAGAUAAUUAUCAGCUUCAUGCCUUUUCAGACAGCUCAGAAGGUGCAUUUGGUACAUGUGUAUAUAUACGUUCUGUAGAUGAUGAUGGUACUGUAAGAACUAACCUGUUAUGUGCCAAAUCUAAAGUAGCACCGGUGCGUAAGGUUACACUACCACGUCUGGAGUUGUGUGCCGCAGCGAUGAUGGUUCAGCUUGUGCAACGACUAAAAGAGAUUUUCGGUUCCAUCUUACAGCACAUAACUUAUUGGACAGACUCGUCAAUUGUUCUGAGUUGGAUCGCUGAGGAAUCAUGUAACUGGCAGACCUUCAUAGCCAAUCGCGUUUCAUUUAUUCAUCAACACUCUUCAAGUUCUCAAUGGCGACACAUUCGUUCGGAAUUGAAUCCUGCGGACGUGAUAUCGAGAGGAUCAUAUCCGUCAGCAUUAAUUCAAAGCGACCUGUGGUUCAGAGGACCUUCUUUUCUGAAUCUGGAAGAAAGCGAUUGGAUUUCCUCAAAUGCAAUUUUGAAUGCUGAAAACCUGCAGCUUGAACGAAAAAGAACCAAAACGAUUUUAAAGAUUGUUAUAGAAACUGAUUUUAUGGAAAACAUAAAAUACCACAACAAUUACGAGUCUCUACUCAGAGUAGUUGCAUACUUGUUCAGAUACAGAAACAAUCGCUUCAAGAAAAAUAUUAAGUUAUUUGGACCGCUAAGUGUCGCAGAACUUAACAAAGCUCUGAAAGGUUUGAUAAAAUACGUUCAGCUCACAAGUUUUCAAAGAGAAAUCGAAACAUUAUCUAAAGGCGAUCAGCUGUCCUCAAGAUGUCACAUCAACUCGCUUUCACCAUUCCUGGAUUCUGAGGGAAUACUUCGUGUGGGAGGCAGAAUAACUAAUUCAAAUCUGAACUUCGACACAAAGUAUCCUAUGUUAUUGCCAAAAGACCAUGCAUUCACCACAGUUUUGGUUCGUCAUCUGCACGAGAAGAAUUUUCAUGCUGGUCCGCAAGCGCUUCUCAACAAAGUUCGUGAAAGGUUUUGGCCCAUACAUGGUAAGAUGGUGACUCGUAAGAUUGUUCACAAAUGUGUUCGAUGCGCACGAGCAAAACCAUCUCGUAAUCUUCAAAUUAUGGGUGAUUUGCCUCAUCAUCGAGUACAACAGUCGAGGCCAUUUAAUAUAGUUGGUGUUGAUUUUUGCGGCCCAUUUAGCAUCCAUUUUCGUCGUCGAGGUACAUCGCCUAUGAAGGCUUAUGUUGCAGUGUUUGUCUGCUUUGUGACCAGAGCAGUCCAUCUUGAGUUAGUGGAGGAUCUAACUACCCACAGCUUUCUAGCGGCUCUAAAACGAUUCAUUGGCAGACGAGGAUUGUGCUCAGUAAUCUACAGCGAUAAUGCUACUAAUUUCAUUGGGGCGCGAAACCAAUUGCAUGAGCUCUAUGAAAUGUUCAUGAGGAGUGAAAACAGAGAUGAAAUAAUUAAGGCGUGUGCAGCAGAUGGGAUAGAGUGGAAAACCAUUCCUCCUCGAUCUCCUCAUUUCGGGGGUUUGUGGGAGGCCGCCGUUAAAAGCUGCAAGUUUCAUAUGAAACGAACCUUACAAAAUUCUUCUUUAACAUAUCCCGAACUUAAUACUUUUUUAAUUCAAAUUGAAUCUAUUCUCAAUUCUAGGCCAAUUACACCUCUAUCUGAGAAUCCAAACGACAUGCAAGCGCUUACUCCAGGCCACUUCUUGGUUGGUACACCUCUCACUGCAGCAGUCGAGCCACAGUUACACCACUCUAACGUCAAUACCUUAACACGUUACCAGCAAUUACAGUGGUAUUUCCAACAGUUUUGGUCUAGAUGGUCCCGAGAAUACCUGCAGAAUCUACAAAUUCGCGCCAAGUGGGCUAAGUCUGGGUACCCAAUUGCUAUCAAUGAUCUGGUUACAAUCGAAGAUGAAAACCUUCCACCACUGAAAUGGAGACUGGGCAGAGUCGUCCAAAUUCAUCCUGGAAAGGACAAUGUCGUGAGAGUCGUGACUCUUAAAACAUCUACUGGCGAAGUUCAACGAGCUGUUACGAGAAUUCGACGACUUCCUAUUGAAGAACCUAUGUCCCUUCAAGGGCGGGAGGAUGUUGAGUCUUAA